AUGACGUCGCUCGAAUACCAGCCUGGUUCGUCGGCGGAACCGGAUGACUACUGGGGAACUGUGUUCCUGUCUAUGCGAGAUGCCUCGGGGCAAAUCCCCAUCAAUUUCAUAACUCAUCCAGGAGUUUACGUUACAAAGGCCUGCUUUUCCAAUGGGGUCUACGAUGACCUUCCGACUCAAACAUGCAUCUCGGAUCUAUUUGCAAGCCAAUACCGCCGUUUGAUCAUUGAUCUGUACUGGGAUAACAUCAACCGUCAAUUCAGUCUGUGCCCAGUCGAGCUUCCUCCCCUGGAAGGCAAUUCGACUGCUGGCUAUAGCGUGGAUUCGUCGGCUCUGUUUUCAAUCACAGCGUCCACUUCCUCUACAACCCCUCUACCAACCACCACAGCUGCGUCAAAUACAACGGCGUCUCUUGCUCCCAGCCUCGAAAAGCGGCAAUCUUCGUCGUCUUCGCUGGACAACACAACGUCGCCGAUUUCCUCUCCCACUGAACCGAUCACUAGUACUCCUACAACGACGAGCGAUGUGGCAAUUCCAACUUCUACGGGUGCCACAGGUGGAACUUUACUCCAACUGGGACCUUACUUGUGUAGCUUGGACUUGAACAUCGGUUCCAUCAUUUCCUUGUACAAUUCUUAUUUUGAACAUACCUCAGACACCAUCUCCGCACGAUUACAUUUUCUUGACAUUAAUUUACAUGCCGCUGCGCCAUUCACCGAUCCUUCCUCGCCCGCUCACACACCCAUGCCGGGCCGCCUUCCUAGUUCUGACCAGCUUGUAGGAGCCCAAUUUCAGGCUGCUCUAGGGAGGAAUAUAUACACACCACAAGACUUGCAAGACGACCGACAAGAUCUGAACAGGUCGUGGUUCCGGGAUAAUUACCGAGUACUUACAGACGCAAAUUACUUUCGUACCGUGGAAACUGGACAGGACGGCAUCGUUUCCACACCAGACGGCUGGCCUGGAGAAGAUUGGGCUCUUCUUACUGACAGCAGAAGGCUGCUGCUGAGUUGGGAUCAAAUCGAUCCACAGAUGGCAGAGUACGACUUUCAGACCGAGUCGAGUAGCAUCUUCAAUGCAACCGUGCUGCUUCGGACUCCGCCUGUCGAAUUGGGUGACAGCGGUGAGGUAAUUUCAGGCUGCUAUUAUCAUUCAGGUGACACAACCAUCGCCCAGACCAACGCAUCCUGGGCGAUUUCGACCAUCCAGGACACCGCCUCAGAUACUCUUCCCACUCUUGCCCAGAAUUUAACGGCAUGCGGGUUCUCGCCGGUCAUGAACCUGACUCUCGAUGACUUGUCUGUACAAAACAAUUUGAUGUCAUACCAGAAUUUCGCCCAGUCAACAGUGUUUGGAUGGGCUCCGGGACAGCCACUCGACACGUCUUCAGCCAAGAAGAACGGAACGACCGGCAGUGACCUUCGGUGUGCAGUGCUUGAUGCAACUGGCGGAUUCCAAGGACAUUGGCGAAUGGAGCCGUGCGAGAAAUCACAUCGAGCUGCCUGUCGUAUCGCAGGCCAACCAUACGCGUGGCGCCUUUCCACUUUCGAUGUCCCUUAUAGUGCGGCUCCAGAUGCAUGUCCAGACUCUACCUCGUUCGGCCUCCCUCGCACGGGGCUUGAAAACACCUACCUGUAUCGGCAAAUAUUGAAUGAUACUAGUCCCCGAGAUGAUGACUCGGAUGGGAUCUUGUCCGGUGUCUGGAUCAAUUUUAACUCGAUCAACCAACCCAACUGCUGGGUACUAGGCGGACCCAACGCGACAUGUCCUUACUCCGACUUCAAGGAGGCAGAACAACAGAGAGAGAUUCUUGUUCCAACCAUAGCGGCGUUGAUCAUCCUGAUACUGACAGUUUUGACGAUCCUGGUCAAAUGUAACCAGAACCGAAGGAAUAGCAGAACUCGAAGGAGAGGAGAUAAUGGCUGGGAGUACGAGGGUAUUCCGUCCUAA